AUGAUUGAAAUUUGUAGAGCUUUCAAGCACAAGGUGCAGGAUCUAAUUGAUGCCAAAGCCAUUUCGUUCGUACCUAAUGGCCCUAACACCAAUAACAGUCCUAUGUCGCCACAUGUCGGUCCCUCCAUGAGCAUGAUUGAGGAAGAAAAGAAGGUGAAACACUAUGUAGAGAAGAUAAGAACUCCAUGGGUUGUUGUCAAGGAGAAACUAUUGAUGAAUGAAGUACACCCUGGGUGUGAUGCAGAAUGUGAAGACUGUUUGAUGAAUCCCCAAGGUUGUGAAAAGUUAAAAGUUGAUGUUCAAAAGUUGAUCGAUCAGGGAGUAAUGAUAGUAGAACAAAUGUUUGUUGCUAAUGAGGUAGCCACGCUCGAAAUUCCGUAUGAUCCCAUACAAGUACAUGUCGAGAUCCCUUAUGAUCUGAUCCCAGUGCUUGCUACAACAUACCCGAUCAUGCCACUUGUGAUUGCGGUCUCUGCACUGUUUACUUUUGAUAACACAAAGGCAGUGCCAUGGAACUAUGACUUGAAGGUAUAUUUGUAUGCGCAAAAGGUGAAGGAAGAGUCGAUCAAGCCUGAAGAAGCUAGUGUGAAUGUUACUGGAGUCCGGAGCAUAACCCACAUUGGUAGAGUAUUUGCACCAGUACCUCCCACAGACAAUGGUAAUCAAGGAGCUUCAAGUAGAAACCUUGGCAAACAAGUGGUGAAUGAUGAUGGCCGAAGGCAAAAUACAGCUCAAAAAGCAACUCCUACUGACGAAGUGGAAGAAUUUCUCUGCCAUAUCAAGAAAAGUGACUACAAAGUGGUCGAUCAUCUCAAUCAAACACCGUCAAAGAUACCUAUGCUUGCACUUUUGAUGAGUUCAGAAGCACACCGAGAAGGUCUUAUGAAGUUCUUAAGGGCCGCACAUGUCCUUCAAGAAAUAUCAGUGAAUCAGUUUGAAGCUGUGGUGGCCAAUAUAUCUGCGAGCAAUUGCCUAGGUUUCAACGAUGAUGAAUUACUGCCCGAAGUUAGAAACCAUAACAAGGCGCUCCACAUUUCAAUUGAAUGUGUGGACACGGUCUUAUCCAGGGUAUUGGUGGAUACCGGGUCUUCAUUAAAUGUUCUACCUAAGAACUCGCUUUCCAAGCUGACAAUUGAAGGAUUGUUGAUGAAACCCAGCUCGCUCAUCGUGAGAGCAUUUGAUGGAUCAAGGUGA